AUGCCGUUUGUUAAGAAGGUCAAGUCCGGCGCGUACUUCUCCCGUUUCCAAGUCAAGUACCGUCGUCGCCGCGAGGGAAAGACUGACUACUACGCGCGCAAGCGGUUGGUGACCCAGGCGAAGAACAAGUACAACGCGCCGAAGUACCGCCUCGUCGUGCGCUUCACCAACCGUGAAGUGAUCGUGCAGAUCGUCUAUGCUCGCCUCCAAGGUGAUUUCGUCUUCUGCGCUGCGCGUUCGAAGGAGCUCCCCCGCUACGGCAUCAACCACGGUCUCACCAACUGGACUGCCGCCUACGCGACUGGUCUUCUCUGUGCCCGUCGCGCUUUGACCAAGCUUGGUCUCGCGGACAAGUACGAGGGUGUUGCGGAGCCCGAUGGUACACUCACCAUGACCGAGGCCCUUGAGGAGGAGGAUGCCCCCCGUCCCUUCAAGUGUUACCUUGAUGUCGGUCUCAAGCGCACUUCCACUGGAUCCCGUGUGUUCGGUGCCCUCAAGGGUGCCAGCGACGGCGGUAUCUUCAUUCCCCACAACGACAAGCGUUUCCCCGGCUACGACCCUGAGGCCAAGGAGCUUGACGCUGAGGUCCUGAAGAAGUACAUCUUUGGUGGUCACGUUGCGGAAUACAUGGAGUCCCUCGAGGAGGAGGACGACGAGCGCUUCAAGAAGCAGUUCUCGACCUACCUUGCGGAUGGCAUUGGCUCUGAGGACAUCGAGGAGAUCUACACUAACGCUUACGCCGCCAUCCCCUACCGGAAGGGCCAGGAUUGGUCGGAGGAGAGCAAAAAAUACAUGACCGUCAAGCUCACUCACGCGCAACGCAAAGCGCGUAUCCAGGAAAAGAUCGAGGCCUUCCAGGCCGAGCACGCCGACGACGAGUAG